ACUCGGUGACUGCAGAACAACCGCUUGCCCUUAAACCUGCAUGAAGAAGAGUUGGCCUAACCUUUCCAACAGAUUAUUAUUUAGGGAUAGGGAUUUCACGGCAUCAUAAUGUCUCUUGCGGCAGAGGCUUUCGUGUCGCAGAUGGCAGCUGCUGAGCCAUGGCCUGAGACUGCAACCUUGUACCAACCACUGAAGGAAGAUCAGAUUCUGCUUUCAGACUGUGCCUCAUCUCUUGCUGUCCAGGCAUACCUCAGGAUGUGCGGUCUUCCUGUUCAGGUGGUUUACAGAGCAAAUGCUGAAUACAUGUCACCUUCUGGAAAGAUUCCCUUCAUCCAUGUAGGGAACCAGGUUGUGUCAGAACUGGGACCGAUAGUGCAAUUCACCAAAGCGAAGGGUCAUUCUCUCAGCGAUGGUCUUGAUGAUGUUCAGCGAGCUGAAAUGAAAGCAUACAUGGAGCUGGUCAACAACAUGCUGCUAACUGCUGAGUUGUACAUUCAGUGGUGUGACGAUGCUACAGCAGCUGAGAUCUCUCGUCCCAGGUACAGCAGUCCGUACUCGUGGCCUCUCUGUAACAUCCUCUCUUAUCAGAAGCAGUGGGAGGUCCGCAGGAAGAUGAAUGCCAUUGGCUGGGGAGGAAAAACCCUGGAGCAGGUUUAUGAAGAUGUGAGUCAGUGCUGCCAGGCUCUCUCCCAGAGGCUGGGGACACAACCAUACUUUUUUAAUAAACUGCCUACAGAGCUGGAUGCAUUAGUGUUCGGUCACCUCUUCACCAUACUAACUACCAGACUCACCAGCUCUGAGCUGGCAGAGAGGAUCAAGAGCUACAGCAACCUGUUGUCCUUCUGCAGGCGCAUCGAACAGACCUACUUCGAAGACAAGAGCUCAUGAAGGACUAAAAAAAAAUGCCUCUCUGUUCCUCUGUGUGUGAUCUUGUUCUGUACAUUCUACCCUUCUCUCUCAUUCCUUCUCUGUAGCUCUGAGAAGCUCAAAUCAGCUAAUACGCCCACACUUGUCUAUUUGUCAGUCCUCAUUCUUGUUUGUGCUUGUAAAUUGUUGCAUGCAGUGAUUGGAGUUAAGUAGGCCCAUUUUUAGGUUUAACAUGUGUCCACUGCACUUAAUCAAAUACGCCAGGGCAGACGCUCAGUACUGUGAAUCCAUCUAAAAGAGUUAGACUAAAUGAUGGAGUUUUACAAAAACACACACAUCACAUGUUAGUAGGUUUAAACUGUUUUUACUGAACUGGCAGCCAUCAAAUGACCAUGCAGCCUUUACCUUUCCAGCAUUACGUGAAUUACAUGAAAUUGUAGCUGACUAGUGAUGCAAAGCUUCAUUGAUGAUCUGAUUUAUAGGCAUUUCAACAGGGUGGAAGGCACUGUCUUGUUAAAUGCUCUUAUUGUUAUGUUGUUUGCAAUCUGUUUUUCAGAAACACUGUUUACUCUGACUUGCAUCAUGGUGCAUUUUGAAAAACCCACAGACUCUCAGAGAGAAUGGGUUUGGAUUUGACCACCGUGUGACAUGACUGCCUUUCAGAAGGCAGGACUUUUUGAGCUGGGUUUGAAGUGAAAUGGCUUGCUUUUGUUUUUUUUUCCUUUCAGGAACUCCACAAAGUUGUAAGAAAUCUGCAGCAGUGUUGGCUAGACUCAUUUCUUAUCUGUACAAAAACCAUAAACUCAUGAACAAAAUGAUACUGAAGAGGAUGUGACUUAACCUUAGUUUUUUCCACCAUUGUUUUCUUUGUGUGAAUUAAAAGUGCCUACAAAAUUAAAGACAU